AUGGGCUUCUCCUUCAACCAAAAGUCCCAGGCUACAAGCCAGGCCACCAGCGCCGGCGAAGUUUCAGACUCAGACUCCGUCAUCCGCGAUGGCGAACUGGCUUUCGUUCGCCAGACAGCUGGCAAUGGUACCUCUGGCUACCAAGAAGCCGUCGGUGCUCCUGUCGAAACACGCUCACCUUUGGGAUACAACGUCAACUGGAUAACCAUCAUAUUUCUCAACUUGAACCACAUGGUCGGCACGGGUAUCUUCUCAACACCUGCUACUAUCCUACGUCUCACGGGUUCCAUCGGUCUUGCUCUCGUGUACUGGGUUAUUGGCUUCAUCCUCGCCAUCGCUGGCCUUGCUGUCCACAUGGAAUUCACAAGCUACUUUCCCAAUCGAAGUGGUUCAGAGGUUGUCUGGCUUGAGCAGGGUUAUCCUCGUCCCAAGCACUUCUUUCCCGUCGCCUUUGCCGUUCAGUCUGUGCUGUUAUCCUUCAGUAGCAGCAAUGCCAUCGUUCUGUCCAACUACCUCUGGCGCAUCGUCGGCCGUGCUCCGGAUGCUUGGGAACUCAAAGGCGUUGCUAUUGCAGCUUAUACCCUUGCUGUUAUCACCGUUGUUGCCCACAACAGGUACUCGUUGUGGGCUAUCAACGUUUUUGGUGCUCUGAAGCUGCUCUUGCUUUUGUUCAUCGCCAUUUCAGGACUUGUCAUCCUUGGAGGCAACUUUGGCAGCAUUCCUGACCCGAGCCUCAACUUUCGCCACGGUUUUGAAGGCACAACUUCGAGUGGUUAUAAUCUGUCUCAGGCAAUGGUAAACAUUAGUUUUGCGUUUUCAGGCUGGCAGAAUGCCUUUAGCAUGGCGAAUGAGAUCAAGAAUCCUAUUCCCACACUCAAGAAAAACGCUAGUGCUUCUCUUCUGAUUGUCUUCAUCCUGUACUUCCUGUGCAACAUCGCCUAUUUUGCAGCCGUCCCCAAAGACAUCUUCCUAGAGUCAAGUGAACUGGCUGCGGCAGUCUUUUUCCGAACAGCCUUUGGCAAGAGUGCCGAGUCUGCUCUCAACUUUUGCGUUCUACUUAGCUCUUUCGGCAACUUGCUUGCUGUCCUUGUCAGCCAAUCUCGUCAGAUCCGAGAGAUUGCUCGCCAGGGUGUGCUCCCUUGGACAGAGUUCUGGGUCUCGACCAAACCUUUCGGUACUCCUGUUGGUCCGUAUCUUUUGAAAUGGGCUUUUACUUUUCUCAUGAUUGUCGCUCCGCCAGCAGGAGAUGCUUUCCAGUUUGUUGUCUCGCUCAAGACAUACCCCGAUGCCAUCUUUUUCGCUGCCAUGGGUGUUGGUCUAUUGCUCAUCCGUCGUCGUCGUAGCCGGUCUAACACUCCGCCUUCUGACUUCCGAGCAUGGUACGCUCUUGUUAUUUUGUAUAUUCUGUCUCAGAUAUACCUUCUCGUCAUGCCUUGGAUUCCUCCGGUCGGUGGUAUAUAUGGUGGAACAGUCAGCUUCUUGUGGUGCACUUACAUGAUCGUUGGCAUUGCAAUUUUGGGUGUCUGCGGUCUUUACUAUUAUGUCUGGAUGAAACUGCUCCCGCGCUGGGGCAAUUACAAGAUUCGGUCUCAAGUCAUCUCGGUUGAUGAUAAUGGCGCCAACACGCAUCGUCUGCUAAAAGUACCCAAUGACGAGGUGGCUGAAUGGGAUGCUACUCACGAUGAUCUUGGUCGCGAUUUACCAACUGGGCAACGAGUUACCAGAGUGAUCAGUGAGACGUCAAAGUAG